UGGACGCCGGCUUCUUCACCAUUUCUUCGAUCCGACACGGCGACCCCUUUUCAUCGGCCUGGCAAUGGCCAUCCGUCGUCUUCUCUGAUCACGGAACACACACGCGCAUAUCUCUGCUUCUUCUUCAGCGCCCUUUUGAUUUGCCCCGCCUCCCACCAGUCCAGCGAAAAAGUUUCCCAUUUCUCGGGCCGACAACGAGGUCUAGAGAGGGCGACGGCUACACAGUGACCAGGGUCACAAGCAACAAGGAGGGGGAGGGCGACGCUUGAGCUGGAGAUAGGAUGGGCAACGAUGGGAUAGAGUCCAGCUUGGUUGGGCAGGUCGCUGGUCCCUCUCGGCUGGCAAGCAUCGGCACGCCGGUCAACCCUGGCGAUAGCAAUGGUUUGCUUUCGGGUAUCGGUCAGAGCCUGGGUGUGCAGGCUGCCGUUCCUCCGAUCUGGUGGAACCCGACAACAUGGAGCGAGGACAAGGUAAACGACUUCUUGUGGAACUAUCGCACCAUCGUGGCCGCCGGUACCGCAUCGCUGGUCUCGACAGCUGCUUCUUUCCCUUUCGACAGCCUCAAGUCGCGGUUACAAGUCAAGUACUACCCGAGUAUAUGGGCAUGUGGGAAAGCGGUUCUUAAAGAGGAGGGCAUGAAGGGCUUCUUUCGGGGGGUCACGAUUCCACUCAUCACCAUUUCAUUUGUGCGCACCUCUUCCUUCUCCAUCUACGUCAAUACCAAAGAGGCUCUUCACCGGAGGGGCUAUCUGGCCGACUCGUCAAAACUCUGGCAUACAGCACUGAGCGGUGCCGCCGGCGGUGCCACGAGCGGAGUUAUUAUCAGCUGUGGCUCAGCGCCCUUCGAGCUCGUCAAAGUGCAGAGGCAGCUGGAAUACUUGACAGCGGUGCAGAAGGGUCUCGUCACCCAGGUCGGGUCAAAGUACCAAGCGAGAUCUGGCUUCCAGGCGGCUGCUGAAAUCUGGCGGUAUCAUGGCGGUCCCAAAGGCUUCUACCUCGGAUUUCCCCUGCACAUGUGUCGAGAUACGCUUGGCACAGCCCUCUACUUUGGCUUCUACGAUACCAUUCGAUCCUACGUCCGACGCCAUGCAUCGCCAAACACAAAACCAGGAGGCCAAGCACAGCUGUUCGGCCUGCCAGGGCCUGUCGUCUCGUUCUUGUCUGGCUCUACUGCGGGGAUUGCAUCCUGGCUGAUCGUCUACCCGGUCGACCUGCUCAAGACCAAUGUGCAGCAGCGGUCUCUGUCGAACCACCCUAAACAGCUGACUGGCUGGCAGCUCUUCACACAUUUGAUGCGCGAGCGGCCACCACCGGACCCGUCGAUUCGAGAUACUUUCUUGAAGCGGUUCCUGAGACUGUAUAGAGGGCUAGGUGUCAGCGCGUUGCGGAGCUUCAUCUCGCACGGUCUGACAUGGACCUUGAUCGAGUCCAUCUCUGCGCGCAUUUCCGAGCGAACAGGGAAACCGUUCCGAGAAGACGCAACAUCAUUGUCGAGCAAAGGGAAAUCAUGAGCUCUCUAUGAGAUCGACCGCUUUGUAGAUCUCUCUUUUUCCACCACCUCUUUCAAUAGCAUAGACGAAAAGGGGAGACGAGGACCAGAGUUGGGUCUCGACCCACCAUAUAAAAG